GCGGGUGCAUUGAUCUGGUGGGUCUUUGCCCUGACGUGCACCAAAAACAGCACCCUACCAAACACGCCUCGUAAGCCAACAGCUUGUGGCGACUACAGAGUAUAGCCGCAAAGCCGAGAUGCCAAGAAGAACAAGAAUAGGUCUUUUGAGAGUCCGGCUAUGGCCUCGUAGCCUGAAGAAGAUUCUGAAGCCCAAAGAACGGGAUGAAAAGUCCCAACUCUGCAUAUAUAUCGUAACAAUCCAAGGUCCCCCACAUUGACAAGCUUUAGCUGGUUCUAGAGACAGAUAGAUCUUCUCCAGGUCCGCCAAUAAGCUACAAAGGGCUUAAUGAACCGAAAGACUCGGAAUAGAGCACAUCAUGGGUCUGCAUACCAAAAAAAUGCAAAUCCUGGCGAAUUCGGUUGGACCCGAGCUGCGGGGAUAAGCUUUGUCCGGUGGCCUCCUCUUUUGAGGCUGCGCUCGCUCCCCUGAGCUUGGCAUCAGUCCAGAAUAGCAACAAUGACGGACUUUCGGACUUUUCGUGCAAACAAAAAGGACUCGAUCCCAACCAAGAUUACUGAGGAUUCUUGUUCUUGCUCUUGCUCUUGCUCACCAUCCGGCUUUCAGGCACAUCACGGGCACAAGACGUGAGACCUGCGGAUAUCGAGCAACGAGCAAGCAGCAACGAGCAGACGGUGCCCGGUCACAUCGGAAUGUCCAAGACGUCAACAUGGUGUUGAACUCAACCAGUCGGUCGGCCUUUUUCGGCCAGCCACCAAAGACAGACCGAGAUUUCAACAUCGUCCGCGGCAUAUAUCGCAUGGCUGGUGUGAACGACACCCUCUUCAGCCCCUCGAACGGAGUCUAUUACGCCGCCCGCGUGCCUCCCAACUAUGUCCACGAGAGCAAGCAGACCGAGAUCAUUGUCGGGAUGGCCGUCAUCAUAUUCGUCAUGCUCGCCACGACAGGUGCUCGCCUUAUCUUCAAGUUGCAAGGGUAUGGCACAAGAUUCGGCAUGGACGACUGGGUCAUAAUCCCUGCUGUGUGUCUUGCGGUAACCUACCCCAUGUUACAGAUAUACAUGGUGGUCGAGCUGGGAGCUGGGCAGCACACCUGGGAAAAUACCUAUGAGGAUUAUUCUCGUUUGGCAUGGAUGCUGGAGACAUGCACGGUUCUCUUCUUUGCGACGGUGGCUUUGAUCAAGAUUUCCAUUGCCCUUUUCGUACGACGACUUGCAGCGUGCGUCUGCAAAGGUUGGCGCAUCGCGCUCGACGUCUUCCUGGCCACGCUCGUCAUGUAUCUGGUGGCUGCUGUUCUAUGGAACGUCCUCGUCUGCAACCCGACCCGCGCAUUGUGGGAUGUGGAAUUCGCAGGCACCCUGCGCACCCCGCCCAAGUGUGGCAGCCUGGUGCUCAUGUCCAAGGUUUUGAGCCUCGUACAUGUCUUUCAAGGUGUGACGCUGUUGAUCACACCGGUGGUGAUCUUGUGGAAGAUCCCCAUGGACGUGGCCAAGAAGCUGCGCCUGUUUAUCAUAUGGUGGUUCGGAGCCGUCACGGUUACUGGCGGCCUGCUGCAGCAGCUCGCGCCCUCGCGAUCAAACGGCGACAUAUUUUACGAUCACACCACGUCGUUGGCCUGGACCAGUCUCGAUCUGACGAUGGGCAUCAUCACGGCGUCGCUGCCGACCUUGGACACGGCCAUUUCCAGCGGGUGGAAGUCGUUCAGAUCUAGAAUGUCUAGUCUGUGUGAAGAGCCCAAGGUCAAGACAAAGGAGAUCAGUUGGCCGAAGCCAAUCCCGCCGGAUUUGGAGAGGGAUGCGGGAGUUCCUAUGGGGCGGACCGAGUCGACCGAGUUCAUCUUGGCCGACAGGGGGGACGUGCUCGAGAUGCACCUCGUCCGACCACGCGAGGGCAGCACGACGUAUGAGUUUUUUGAAUUGUAUCAGGGGGAUGAAAAGCGGCCCGAGUCUGCAAUACAUAGACCUUUUAGAUGACGAGAAAUCCAAGAAUGAAUGACAUGAUGAUA